UAAUCUAAGAAUGGGUUCAAUUAAUGAAGCAACAAAGCCUCAUGCUGUUCUUCUCCCUUAUCCAUCACAAGGACAUGUUACACCCAUGAUGUCACUAGCAAAACUUCUUCAUUCAAGAGGCUUUCAUAUAACAUUUGUGAACACUGAAUUCAACCACAAACGUCUAAUUCAAUCCAAAGGUGUUGAUUCAAUGAAAGGUUUGCCUGAUUUCAAAUUCGCGACCAUCCCAGAUGGAAUGCCACCAUCAGAUGAGAACGCGACUCAGGAUAUAACAUUGCUUUGUGAUACGACUCGAAAGACCUGUUUAGUUCCGUUUAAAAAGCUUCUUACUAAGCUCAAUUCUGGUGUACCACCAGUUAGCUGUGUAAUUUCAGAUGGAGUUAUGACGUUUGGCAUUAAGGCUGCUCAAGAUCUGGGCAUUCCGGAUGUUACUUUCUGGACUGCUUCUGUUUGUGCCUUCGUUGGAUAUUUGCAUUAUCGUCAACUUAUCAAACGAGGAAUUUUCCCAUUCAAAAAUGAUAACUACCUCAUAGAUGGCACUCUUGACACACCAAUAGAUUGGAUUCCUGGCAUGAAGGAUGUUAAACUCAAAGAUCUUCCCAGCUUCCUUAGAACUACUGAUCCUAAUGAUAUAAUGUUCGAUUUCAUGGGAGAGGAAGCUCAAAAUUGCCUCAAAGCAUCUGCCAUAAUGUUCAACACAUUUGAGGAAUUCGAGCACGAAUUGUUACAAACUAUAGUCUCAAAUUUCAAUUUCUCUAAUAUUUACUCGAUAGGGCCACUCGGACCCUUGCUGAGAAAACAUGUCCCUCAUCAUAGCCAAGUUCUAUCGCUCAACUCAAGCUUAUGGAAACCGGACACUACAAUCUUUGAAUGGUUAGAUAACAGAGAAAUUGACUCUGUUUUGUAUGUUAACUAUGGAAGUGUGACAACAAUGACCAAUGAUCAUUUCUUGGAAUUCGCGUGGGGUCUUGCCAAUAGCAAGCAACAAUUUUUAUGGAUAAUUCGUCAAGAUAUUAUCAAGGGUGAGUCAGCCACAUUGUCGGAGGAAUUUCUUGAGGAGAUUAAGGAUAGGGGUAUAUUGGUGAAUUGGUGUGCACAAGAACAAGUGCUACGCCACCCGGCUGUGGGUGCAUUCUUGACUCAUUGUGGAUGGAACUCAAUGAUGGAAACCAUAUCUGAAGGUGUAUCGGUCAUUUGUUGGCCUUUCUUCUCUGAUCAACAAACGAAUUGCCACUACUCGUGUGAAAAAUGGGGGAUCGGGAUGGAAAUUAAUCAUGAUGUGAAACGAGAAGAAGUGGUGAAACUCGUGAGUGAGAUGAUGGAAGGGGAAAAGGGGAAGGAGAUGAGGUCCAAGGCCAGAGAAUGGAAGAUGAAAGCUGAAGAAGCCACUGAUGUUGGAGGAUCAUCUUUCCAAGGAUUUCUCAAGUUAGUUAAAGCAAUGUUGUGA